AUGGCCACCCUCUCCAACUACCAACUGGGGGACCUCCUCGGACGGGGUGCUUCCGGCAAUGUCUACCGCGCCCUCAACUUUCUCACAGGCGAGACUGUCGCCAUCAAAUCCAUCUCCCUCCUCUCCCUCACUCCGUCCCUCCUCCCCGACAUCAUGUCCGAGAUCGACCUGCUCAAGAACCUGAACCACCCGAACAUCGUCAAAUACAAGGGCUUCGCGAGGGACAAGGAGAAUCUGUUUAUUGUGCUCGAGUACUGCGAGAACGGGUCACUACAGACUAUCCUCAAGAAAUUCGGCAAGUUUCCUGAAUCGCUUGUCGCCGUCUACAUCAGCCAAGUCCUCCAGGGGCUCAUAUAUCUCCACGAGCAGGGUGUCAUCCACCGAGACAUCAAAGGCGCCAACAUCCUCACCAACAAAGACGGCUCCGUCAAGCUCGCCGACUUUGGCGUCUCCUCCCGCGCCACUGCUCCCCUAGCAGACUCGGGCGAUGCGGAGGUGGUGGGGAGCCCGUAUUGGAUGGCGCCGGAGGUGAUAGAACAGAGCGGGGCGAGUACGGCGAGUGAUAUUUGGAGUGUGGGGUGUGUGGUGGUGGAGUUGAUGGAGGGGAAGCCGCCGUAUGGGGAUUUGGCGCCGAUGCAGGCGUUGUGGAGGAUUGUGCAGGAUGAGGGGAUGAGGGUGCCGGAGGGUGCUAGUCCGAUUGUGAAGGACUUUCUCUAUCACUGCUUCCAGAAAGACCCCAACCUUCGAGUCUCCGCCAAAAAGCUCCUCCGUCACCCGUGGAUGUUGUCUGUCAAGAAAUCUGCCGAAUCCUCCCCUUCCUCGCCACUAUCUCUCAAGAACGAACCAGAGCUGAAGGAGAAGGCAAAGCCGAAUGAAGAGGAGACGGGGAAGAAUAGCAAGGACGACGUGCUAAAGGUGCCGGAGCGAGAGAAGAACAGCGGCAGUGGGACUGUCCGAGCCAAGAAGCCCAUGACAGUAUACGACCAGGCCGUCCAGCGUGUCCAAGAAUGGAACGAAGCUCUAAACGCCGUCCCCAAAGCAGGCUCAACCCGCCUCCCCCUCCCCGUCCCCCGAAAACAAUCCAUCUCCUCUCGCCCCCAACGCCAACGAGGCGAAUCCAACCCCCCUCUCGCCCUAUUCACACUCCCCUCCAUCCCGCAGACGUCGCCAGCGUCGGCACAUCCGUCGAGCCAUCCGUCGGGGUAUGUACACGGUUUGGCACAUGGGAUCACGUCCCCGGCGCAUGGGCCGGGACAAGGGGGCGGGCCGGGAUUAUUGACGAAGAAUUUCAUGGUUAGUGAUGUGUUGAAUAGGGCGAAAGAGGAGGAGGGUGGGGAGAAGUGGGAUGAUGAUUUUGCGGAGGAUAUUACGCUUUCAAAAUUGCCCAGUGAGUCGAACAUUUACUUCUGGAAGAGUUUGGCUGAUAGGAGGGUGGUAGGUCGGAAGGACGAGCCGCAGACUGCAGAUGAGAUCAACCAAAAGACGGUCCGUCCUCUACGGGAGAGUUUACCGUUGAAGGAGGCGCCGAAGGCACUUGAACCUUUGCUCGAGAAACCUCUCACUUCUGAACCUUCUAGCGGUAAACUCGUCUCGAGCGAUGAUGAUUAUUCGGAUAUGGCGUUUGGUGAUAAUGAGAAGGCUCUCGAGACGAAAUUUGCCCAGCUCAAACUUAAAGCAAAGACGAGACGAGGGAUCAUGCACCCAGACGAUAUCCACAAAAUCCCCCUCUCGCCCAUCUCCAAAAAAACCCCCACCAAACCUCCCGUCCGCUCCGUCUCAAACCCCACCCCUCCUUCCACCCUCCCCGUCCCACCUUCCCCGCGUCCCGGGAUUCCGGGCAGGUCGUCUCCUUCUUCGAGACAGAAUUCGCUGAGGGGUAAAGCGAAGGUGGGAGAAGAGGUGGAGGAGCAGAUGAAAAAGUAUACGGAGAAUGAAGAGGAAGAGUGGGAAGAUGUCUUUGUUGGCAACGACUCCCGCCUCUCUCACCAUUCCAAAACGCUCCCCCGCUCUCUGCACCUCACAGCCCCAACAUCCUCCACCCUCUCGCUCUCCACAACCACCCCCUCAACUCCAGGUUUCCCACAGUCGGGGGCGUAUGAAGAAGAAGAUUCGGAGCAAGACCCGUUUGCAGAGAUUGAUGAUGAUUUCGAGAAUGUGGGGGAAGAUGAUAUGGAGGCGAAUGUGGUGAGAGAUAAGAGGGCGACGUUGAUGGCGGCGGUGGGGAGGUUGAUUGAUGGGCUGGACCCGCACAAGUCGGCGUUUGAGCUGAAGGGCGUUUGUGAUGAAUUGCUUGAUUUGAUGGAAAAUACGACACCGGAGAUGGGGUUGGAGAGUCAUUUCGUGGCGCAUCAUGGGAUGAUGGCGGUACUGGAAGUUUUGGAGUCGAGAUUGAGCAGGGAGGUCGCGGUCAGGCUUUUGAGGCUUGUCAAUCUGAUCGUUGGGAGCGAUGUAGAGAUGCUCGAAAGUUUUUGUCUGAUUGGUGGUAUUCCCGUCAUCAUUCCAUACACCUCCAAAAAACACUCUCUCGAAAUCCGGCUCGAAGCCUCCACAUUCAUCCAACACCUCACCGCCUCUCCCCUCACCCUCCAGAUGUUCAUCUCUUGCCGCGGCCUUCGCAUCCUAGUCGAGCUCCUGGACGAAGACUACGUGGCCAACUCGAGUCUCGUGGGGAGCGCGUUGGAGGGUAUCAAAGAGGUCUUUGAGCUGCAGAGUCCGACGCCGAGGAAUGACUUUGUGAGGAUGUUUGUGAGGGAGGGGGUCAUUGAUCCGUUGUCUACGGCGUUGCUGGCGAUUUUGAAGGAUUUGAAGGGGUCGUAUGUGGAAGAUGAGAAGGAGAAGGAGAAGGAUGCGGAGGGGAUGGCGGUUUACGAGCUGGCGAAUAGGGCGGUUGGGGUGUUGUUGCUUUUCUGUCAGGUGGCGCAGGCGGAUGGGAGGGUGCAGGAAGCGUUUGCCGCGAGGACUAUCAUGAUUCGGUUGUUGAAGGCGUGCGGACUUUUACCUCGCAAGCUGUUGAUUACCGCUAUCAAAGCCAUUAAACAUCUUUCAACGUCUCCUCAGUUGAUCGAAGUCUUGCAAAACUCUAACGCUAUGGACAUUCUUGUCGAGCUUCUUGGCAAGAGCAUCAAGGGAUCGCAUAGCAAUGAGAUCUGCUCGCACCUUUUCCAAACCAUCUACUCCAUGACCCGCCUCUCCAAAUCCCGCCAAGAAGAAGCCGCCUCGAGCGGUAUCAUCCCUCUCCUGAAACGCGUCAUCCAGAACAAGAGCCCGCUCAAGCAAUUCGCCCUGCCGAUCUUGUGCGAUUUGGCGAAUGCUGGCAAGGGGAGUAGGCGGUUGCUGUGGCAGAAUGACGGUCUGAGAUUGUAUUUGGACUUGUUGCAAGAUCCGUAUUGGCGUGUCAGUGCCCUGGACUCUAUUCUCUCAUGGAUGCAAGACGAGACAGCCAGGGUGGAAGACGUCCUGCUCGAACAAGACUCUUGCGACUCUCUCGCCAUGUGCUUUGUCCAAGCCUCCGGCGUCUCUUUCGAAGGCAUCCUCGAUCCUUUCCUCAAAAUCCUCCGUCUAUCCACAUCCCUCACAUCCUCCCUCUCCCACCCACCAUUCUUCUCCCGCCUCUCCGACUCUCUCGAGCGCUCUUCCAAAGCGGUCACCAAACUCAACCUCCUCCGUCUCACCAAAGCCAUCUGCGAAUCUCACCCCGACCGGCAAACCCUCGUCGAACGCUUCAGCCUCGCGGACAUUGUGGAGAGGUUGAGUAGGCAGGAUGGGGCGGUGUUGGUGAGAGAGUUGGCGAAGGAGGUGUUGCCGGGGUUGUUGUUUGGGAGUGAUGUGCCUGAUUUGGGGCGGGCGGUUGUGAGGGAGGAGUUGGAUGCGCGGGACGGUAGUUUUAGGAGUUCGAGGGAAAAGAGCGAUGGGAGGAGGGAGACGUCGUCGCAACUGCGACGGGCGUUAUCUGAGAAUGUCGUUAGCGAUAUUCUCCACCCCCACCCUCGUCCCGAGCGGCCUGUGCCUGCUUUGCCGAGUACGAUCUCCAGAGCAACGGGGAGUGGGAGCACGAGGCAUGGGGCGUCGUCGAGUAUCUCGACGUUUUCGAGCUCUUCUUCCGGCUCAUCGAGAGGGGCGCAUAGGUUGUCCCUACGCCCCGUAUCGCAUACCAACAACGCCUCCCUCUCUUCCUCCCCCUCCACCUCCCUCUCAAGUCGAGGCCGCAUCUCACCCCUCCCCCCACUAACCUCUGCUCGACCAUACCGCCAACCCUCUUCUUCCUUCCCACAGCCAAUGCUAGUGCCACUAGCAGACAAAGACGCCGAAAAAGGGGCAGCAGAAAAGCCGAAACAUAAGAGACGUAUAUCGAGGAGUCAGUUGAAAGAUAUGCAAUGGCAGACGGAUGAGAAUGGGAAUGUGAGGAAGGAUAUGGGGCGGGUGGGGAGUCGGUUGUCGGGGUUUACGAUUGAAUGA